UUUUUUUUCUUGUUUACUUAAUUUAUUUAUUUAUUUGUCAUAUUGUAUUUUACUUUACAAAAAAUGAUAGUUCGUAAACAUAUUAUAAGACAGGAAUUAAAAUUAUGAUUUUAUAUAAAUAUAGAAUUUAAAUUUUAUAUUAUCAAUUAUUAUACUUGCGUUGCUUAGCAACUGUCUUUGGCUGUCAUAAGACUUUCGGCACUUGAAUUCUUAGCAGAACUAUUCCUCAUUUUCCACUUUUCGUUGUUUAUUUAUAUUUAUAAAAAUGGCUCCAAAACGUUCAAAGGGAAAAACAAUGGACUCAGUUGAUGGUGUUGACACAUCAAAAAUGACUAGAGAACAACUUGAACUUUAUUCACAUAAAAUACUUGAAGAAAUGGAACGUGAAAGAGAGGAGAGAAAUUAUUUUCAACUAGAGAGAGACAAUAUCAGAAGGUAUUGGGAAAUAACGAGGCAUCAACUUGAAGAAGCAAAAUCUGAAAUUCGUAACAAGGAAAGAAAAAACGAAGAACUUGCUGAAAAACAUGAAAAAGAAAUAAAAUUGUUUAAACAAAAAGUUAAAUAUUUAAUGUAUGAACAUCAGACAAAUUUGUCUGAAACAAAAGCUGAACAAAUGGUUGCACUGAAACUAUCUCAGGAUGAUCAUAUUGAGCAAGAAAACCAUUUGUUAAAAGACAAAGAAGACUUCCGAAAACUAAUGAAAGAACAGGAACUUGCUCAUGUCAAUGAAGUUCGAGGCCUAAGAAUGAAUAGCACUAAAGACAUGACGGAAUUAAUUCAAAAAUUUGAAUCCGAAGCAAUGGAAUUGGAAAAAAAAUAUGAAGAAAAAUUUUCAAGUCAAUAUGAAUCAAUGCAUUUACAGAAACAAAUGGAAAUCACCGAAGUUGAAGAACGAAAAAAUAUGCAAAUAUCGAGUUUAAUCAAAAAUCAUGAAAAAGCUUUCGCUGAAAUGAAAACAUAUUAUAAUGAUAUUACUCUGAAUAAUUUAUCACUUAUACAAAGCUUGAAAGAGCAAAUAGAAGUUAUGAAAAUUAAUGAAGAAAGAAUAAAGAAACAAGUGCGAGAUUUAACAGGCGAAAAUAAAAAAUUAUUAACUGACUCGAAAAAUUGUGAGGAACAGCUUAGCGAAUUGAAUCGACAACUGACCUACUAUGGAAAAGAUAAACUUUGCUUAUCUAAUACAAAAAAAAAAAUUUCAGCAAUUACUAAAGAUUAUGAAAACUUAAAAUGGGAAAAUGAAGUUUUAGAAUUACGUUUUAAUAAAUGCCAACAUGAACGUGAUGAAUUACACUCAAGAUUUGUUUCAUCAAUUUUAGAAGUACAGAAAAAAAGUGGUCUUAAAAAUGUUAUAUUGGAAAAAAAAUUAGAAAAAUUAUCAAAGUUGUUGGAAGAACGUGAUAUUCAUAUUCAGCAGGUAGUUAAUGAUGGAAAACUUCGUACAUAGAAUUUGUGCCACAACUCGAUUUUAUUCUAAUAAAAUAUUCAAUAGUGGACUUAGUUUUUGCAUAAAAUUAACACUCGUUUAAAAACGCCCGUUACACACGUCAGUAUAAGUCAAAAUAAAAGUAAACAACGAAACUGAAUAAUUGAAAAUAUGAAUAUUUAUAGUUUAAUUCAACCACAUGAUU